AUGGCUAAUUUUUUUCGUUUCAAUGAAACUCAUAUUAAAUUUAAACAGGAGCCAGAAUAUUUUCACAGAAGUAUGAAAUAUAUUUUAAAAUUCUGUCAAUUAUUUGGAGUUUUUCCAAUGUCUGGUAUAUCAAAUAACAAUCCAGACAUGUUGUCUAAAAAUAUAAAUAUAGUAUCAAUUGGUCUUGCUGAAAGGUAUAAAUUUUUAAAUAAAAUUACAAUGAAAACAAAAAUAUGGAAUGAUCAUGAUACAUAUUGGUGUCAAGUUCGAAUGAAUUAUACUAAUUUGAGUAAAUUAGUUAAACAUACGAAUGAUAUUAUAUCACCUUUGAUAUUUUUAUCAUUUUCACAUAAUUUUUUUUAUGUUUGUAUAUCACUUUUUGAAGGAAUAUCACUUGAUAGAUAUGAUAUUUUAUCGCUCUAUCCAAUUUAUUCAUUUAUAAAUGUAUUAAUGAGAAUGAUAGCUGUUAUGUUUUCAACAUCGAUAAUAAAUAAUCAAAGUAAAUUAGUUCUUCCAAAAGUUUACUCUUGUCCUUCAAAUAAAUUUACAAUUGAGACUGAAAGAUUAUUGAAUCAAAUUGCAAAUGAUAAUAUUGCAUUUACUGGAAUGAAGUUUUUUUUUCUUACACGUAGCUUUAUUGUAGCAGUCGGUAGUACGAUUGUUUCAUAUGAAAUUAUUUUAUUAAAAUUUUCAAGCCUAAGUAUUGAUUCAAACACAACAGAAAAACCAUAA